GCGCAGGCAGAGCGCCUGGAGAGCGGACACCCAGCGUCCACACCCGGCCAUGGGACGCUCCCGGAGCGCACGACCGCCGCCGCUGGUGCUCUUGCUACUGGUGCUGUCGCUGUGGCUGGCACUAGGAGCAGGAGACUCCCCUCCCACAGAGAGCAGGUUUGUGAACAGCUGUAUCCACGCCAGAAAGAAGUGCCAGGCUGAUCCUGCUUGCAAGGCUGCCUUCCAUCAGCUGGAGUCGUGCACCUCUAGUGCAGGCACUGCACUGGCCCUAGAGGAGUCUACCAUGUCUGCAGACUGCCUCCAGGCGACGCAACAGCUUAGGAACAGCUCUCUGAUGGGCUGCACGUGCCGCCUGCGCAUGAAGCACCAAGCUACCUGUUUGAAAAUUUACUGGACGGUUCACCCUGCCCGAAGCCUUGGUGACUACGAGUUGGAUGUCUCCCCCUAUGAAGACACAGUGACCAGCAAACCCUGGAAAGUGAAUCUCAGCAAGCUGAGCAUGCUCAAACCAGACUCGGACCUCUGCCUCAAAUUUGCUAUGAUCUGUACUCUUAACGACAAAUGUGACCGCCUGCGCAAGGCCUACGCGGAGGCGUGCUCAGGGUUCCGCUGCCAGCGCCACCUCUGCCUCGCACAGCUGCGCGCCUUCUUUGAGAAGGCGGCAGAGCCCCAUGCCCAGGGCCUGCUGCUCUGUCCAUGCAGGCCUGAAGAUGUGAGCUGUGGCGAGCGCCGGCGGAACACCAUCGCCCCCAGCUGCGCCCUCCCCUCUGUGGUCCCCAAUUGCCUGGAUCUUCGGAGCUUCUGCCGUGCGGACCCUCUGUGCAGAUCGCGCCUGCUGGAUUUCCAGACCCAUUGCCAUCCUAUGGACGUCCUUGGGACUUGUGCCACGGAGCAAUCCCGAUGUCUGCGGGCUUACCUGGGGCUGAUUGGGACUGCUAUGACCCCAAACUUCAUCAGCAAGGUCAAUGCUAGUGUUGCCCUAAGCUGCACCUGCCGAGGCAGUGGCAACCUGCAGGAAGAGUGUGAGCAGCUGGAAAGGUCCUUCUCCCAGAACCCCUGCCUCAUGGAGGCCAUUGCAGCUAAGAUGAGUUUCCACAGACGACUGUUUGCCCAGGACCCGGUGGACGACCCUACCUCUUCUGUGAUACAGCAGCCGAAAAAUAACACUGCUCCAAGACCACAGCCCAGGCUACCUGUUCUUUCUAUCUUCAUACUUACCUUGCUUCUACUUCAGACCCUCUGGUAGCUGGUCAUCCUCAGGGUCUUUUGUUCUUUCCGCCGCACCCAGACUGACUUGCGCCUGUUAUGGGUGAGAAACUGACAGCCUCCGGAAGAAGAUGCAGUGUGCAACACCGUAACCUUGGACCAAGCAGGCGUCUCGCCUAGCACGUCCUGUCUGCUCCAGAUGAGGGCCUGGGAGAAGCUAGGGGCUAUGACCUUCAGACCCUGACUGGCUAGUUCUCAAACCUCCCUGACCUCUUCUUCUAUCUCAGGCUGUCCCUCCUUAGGACUUUUGUCACCGCUGUUUUGGCCAUAUAUUCUGGUGGCGAUUUGCUUCCCCACCCCCAUCCCUUCUUCCUCUUUCCCAGGAUUGCCCAGAGCCUAACAAGUCAGCCAUUCCCUGUUCCAUUCUUUAGGAAGGCAGGGCUGAGGGUUCUGAGGCAGCUGAAAAAGACGCUCCCUUUGUGAGGAAGGCUGGUGUUCCUGGCCCCUCAUCCCCUCUGAAUGGAAGUGAGAAAUUGCUGUCUUCACUGCUCUGACGUGCAAUCCUGAACAUUUGGGCAUCAGGAGCUGAGGCCUUUGGGUCUUGCUUAACUCCUAUGACUGUCCUCAAGUCCCCCAGCCCCUUGGAUCAUGAUUAAACAUUUUGACCUAAAACUAAAUCUUUUCCCAUUUUCUUAAACUGUGAGUUUACACAAGAUUAGUGGCAUGCCUCAGUCACAAGGGCACUGAGCAGAUGAUGGGGAGACCAGCCUCCCUCCUGGCUGCUGACGGCUGUGAGCCUUCAGGCAGCUCUCUCAGCCGCCCUUGCCACAGAGUUAGAAUAAAAAUAGUAAAUAAAAAUAAAAGAUGGUCUCCAUCCCAACUCUAGGAUUCUGGGACCUGCCUAGAAUCUACCACUGAGGCCCCCAGUCAGCCGCAGCAUUGAUUGAACCCUUGUCUGAUGAGCUGCUCCAGAUCACGACAGGCCCAGAAGAAAGCAGAGGCUGAUCCUUGCUCUCGGGGAAUCUAGUCCUACAGGAGUAAGGAAGCGUCCUUCCCGAGCAGAGGAGUUGGAAGAAUGUAUUUAUAGAGCUGUGGGUGUUUGCUCAUUCAUUCCUUCUUUCUUUCCGAGGCCGGCUAGUCAGUUCUGUCUCCGUGAGACACUGGGGUAGACGGAAGAGGGGCUGAGGAAGCCAGGCUCAGACACUAUUCCAAGUCUUUUCUCAUACCAGAGUAGAGAUGCCGAGAAGACAGUCAGUGAUAUUGGAACACAGCAGUGUGGUAAAUGCAGCAGAAAAUGCUAACAACCCUCAUUUCUUGAGCUUACGCUGUGCGCCAGCUACUGUCUAAUACACACUGUUUUCAGGAACACACAUUGAUUCAUUUAGGCCUCUGUUGUAGCUUAAAAUAAUUUUUUAGAUUUACUUUUUUAUUUUAUGUUUGUGAGUGUUAUGUACCACAUGCGUGCCCAGUGCCCACAGAAAAGGGCACCCUGGGACAGGAGUUACAGAAGGUGAUAACCACCGUAUGGGUGCUGGGAACCAUACCCAGGUUCUCUGCAAGGCCAACAAGUGAUCUUAACUGCUGAGCCAUCUUUCCAACUCCUCCACCUGUGCUGUGGUUUAAAUGUGAGGUGUCCCCCCACCAUAAGUCUACAGCUAUCUUAGCUUAUACAUACUUAAUUUCUGAAAUGUCACUCAUAAACUCAUAGAGUUUUUUUUAUUUUGUUUUAUUUCAUUGGUUUGUUUAGACAGUUUCUCUGUGUAGUCCUGGCUGUUCUGGAAUUUGAUCAGUAAACCAGGCUGGCCUUGAACUCUGAGAGACACUC